AUGAUGCAGCUCUUAAUCUUGGUCCUGCUUCCCGUAGCCUUUCUCCUUCCCCCUGGGUCUCAGGCUGGAGAAUUUGGGAUCAUUGGGGGCUGGGAAGCCAAGCCCUACUCCAGACCCUACAUGGCCUAUCUGAAAAUACAACGCAAAGGGAAGACCAGUAUCUGCGGAGGGUUCCUGGUGUCGGAGAACUUUGUGCUGAUGGCUGCUCACUGCAAUGGAGACGAGAUCUCUGUCAUGCUGGAAGCCCAUAACAUUAGAGAACAGGAACAGAGCCAACAGAAAAUCUCCGUGUGCCACCGGAUCCCCCACCCGCAGUACAACAAAGAGACAACAAACAAUGACAUCAUGCUUCUGCAGCUGGCAGAGAGAGCAAAGCUGAACAGAUGGGUGGAUACCAUCGCCCUGCCCCGCACCAGCGAGAAAGUAGAGGCAGGCGCCAUGUGCAGUGUUGCCGGCUGGGGCGGCACUAGCACAGAUUGUGAAUUGACCCCGGCCAUGCUCGAGGAGGUAGAUGUGGGUGAUGCCACAUGUGCAAGGAAUCCUAACGGGCCAUAUCGUGCCUAUAACACCUCCAGCAUGAUGUGUGUGGGGGAUCCAAAGACGGGCAAAGACUCUUGGAAGGGUGACUCAGGAGGCCCCCUGGUGUGUGGGGAAAACAGCCAGGGCAUCGUCUCCUGGGGGCCACCCACCCCUCCGGGGGUGUACACAAAGUCCACCUUCAUCCCCUGGAUACAGGCGACGAUGAGGAGGCUAGCCUGGAUGGCUCUGAUGAUGCAGAUUUUGAUCUUGGUCCUGCUACUCAUGGCCUUUCUCCUGUCCCCCAGGGCUGAGGCUGGUGAGAUGAUCAGGGGCUGGGAAACCCAGCCCCACUCCAGACCCUACAUGGCUUUUCUGAAUAUACAAUGCAGAAACAGGAGGUCUCGCUGUGGAGGGUUCCUGGUGGCGAAGAACUUCGUGCUGACGGCCGCUCACUGCAAUGGAGAGGACAUCACCGUGUUCCUUGGAGCCCACAACCUCCGUCGGGAUGAGGAGACCCAACAACGAGUCUCUGUGAAGCACAAGAUCCCCCACCCUGGAUACAACAAGAUGAGCUUUGAGAAUGACCUGAUGCUGCUGCAGCUGGUGGAGCCGGCGGAGCUGACUGAUGCCGUGGGCACCAUUCCGCUGCCGCAAGCUGGCCAAGCCGUGGAGUCAGGCGCUGUGUGUAGCGUGGCAGGAUGGGGCAGGACCAGCCUCAAUGCAACCACCAGUAUCCUCCAUGAGGUGGAGCUGGACGUGAUGUCAGACGAGACCUGCCAAGAGGAUGGGCUGCUCCAACGCUACUACAAGCCCUCGAGGUUGAUGUGUGUGGGGGACCCUGCCAAGGACAAGGCCUCGUUCUCGGGUGACUCCGGGGGCCCCCUGGUGUGUAACGGGACGGCCCAGGGCAUAGUCUCCUUCGGCAAGAAGAACAGGUCUCCCCCGAGGGUGUUCACCAGGGUCUCUGCAUACGUCCCCUGGAUCGAGAGAACAAUGAGAGGUCUCAGCAGCCAUGGGCCCCAUGUUGAAAGGCCGGGGCCCCUACACUGAAGGGGGCAGAGUUGGGUUUGUGUUUGUGGAAGGAGUCCCUCCCCAGAGCAGUGGUGGUGAGCCCAAUGGGUGCUUGAAUAAAACCCAGCUUCAUACUCACCCUAUGUAAUAAAA